AUGGCCUCAAAUACCAAGCCAGCAAAGGAAAAUCCCCUCUCCUCUAUGGAGAAGCUGUCACAAGAGCUCUUCCUCCACCGUCCGUCGUCGUCUACCGGUUCCGGGGAUCCCGCUCACCCAAAGCUCAUCAUCGUCGCGAGCUGGACCAAUGCCUUGGACGGCCACAUCGCCAAAUACAUCGAAAAGUACAAAACUCUUUAUCCAUCCUCCCCUAUCCUCCUUGUCAAGAGCACGAGCAAGAUUCUCUUCAACCCUCCCCUUCUGAAAAAGGCUGUUGAACCCAUGGUCCCUGUCGUCAAGGCUUGCCUGCCCGCCGAUCCGUCCUCCUCCUCAUCAAGUCCGAGCCUUCUGAUCCACAUGUUCUCCAACGGUGGUUCAUCAAGCAUCUCAAACCUCUACGACGCGUAUGCUGCAUCGGCUGGCGAGAACGAGGUCCCUCAUCUUCCCCCGCACGUCACCAUCUGUGAUUCAUGCCCCGGUGAGGCGUCAGUGGGCGGCCUGGUUGCCUUUUUCCAAGUCGGCCUCUCCAGCGUGCAGCGCCUCAUAGCCACACCUUUCAUCUACCUCGUCGGUGUCGUUUGGAUAUCAGCAAUCGCGGUCGGAUUGACCAAGGAUUGGAUUACCGUCUGGCGCAAGACGCACAACGACAAGGAGAAGAAUCCACAUGAGAUACGCCGGACCUACAUCUACAGCGAGAGAGAUACUAUGAUCGACUACAAGGCGAUCGAGUCACAUGCAGCUGAAGCAGAGAAACUGGGCUUUCAGGUUAGGCGAGAGAAGUUUGAUGGCUCGCCUCAUGUGGCCCACGCCAGACACGAUGAGGCGAGAUACUGGGGUGCUGUUGGACAAACUUGGGAGGGAAGCUGA